UAUAUAAGGUAGUUGGUACUUAUGUAUUUCUUUGUUUGACCUUCUCAAACUCCCCUCACCUCUAAUAAACAACUCCUUUUCACCUUUUCUGCCCCCUCUCCGCUCUCUUAACAGGGUUAAGCCAAAAAAAGCCUUUGUGUUGUAUCUGUGUGUAUAUAUAUAUAUAUGUGUGUGUGUGUGUGUAUAUAUAUAUAUAUAUAUAUAUAUGUGUGUGUGUGUGUGUGUGAUGUGUUUUAGUAUAAGUAAUAUGGGUAUAUGUGGGUUUGUGUACGCACGUGUGGGGUAUACAUGUAUACAGAUAGAUUUUAGGGGUGAAGUUCGUGUUUAUAUAUGCGUAUAGGUAUGUUUGUUUGGCCAUUAUUCUCAUAUCUGUAAUCUCUGUGCAAGUCUCAGUGUUACACAAUCUCACUGACCAUGAACAAGAUGAAGAAGAAGCUGCCUGAGCGGAUCCUGAAUCACAUCCUGGAGAUUCUUUACCUGCUGACGGGAGAGCAUGUGACUAACUCACUAACAGCGAGUCACAUGACCGGGGACAAGAUGAUGACAGAGAGGAUACUGGCCCACACCCUGCAGAUCAUGUACCUGCUGACAGGGGAGGUGCCUAUAAAGUGUGAUGAUGUUGCUGUGUAUUUCUCUAUGGAGGAGUGGGAGUAUAUAGAGGGACACAAGGAGCUUUACAAGGACGUCAUGAUGGAGACUCACCAAGCACUAAGGACUAUGGAGAUCCCAGGAAACGAGAGCUCAGAACUAACAGGUCACAGAGAUAAGAAUCUAGACACGGGAGCACUUGCAGAACAUGUACAAAAUAUUCAGCCAGUGAAGACCCCAUCAGACGUCGUUGCAGGUGGAUUUACAAACUGCAAUAAUAGUCAAGGCCAGAGUGCUGAUGCUUCUUUCAAUCUUUUUAAAAGAAGCCAACUAGGAUAUGUAUGUUCUAAAUGUGGAAAAUGUUUUAACCAGAAAUCACAACUUACCACUCAUCUUAAAAUUCAUAGUGGGGAUAAAGCAUUUUCAUGUUCUGAAUGUGGGAAAUGUUUUACUCUGAAAUCAUAUCUUAUUAAUCAUCAGAAAACUCAUACAGGAGAGAAACCAUUUUCAUGUUCAGAAUGUGGGAAAUGUUUUACUCUGAAAACAACUCUCAUUGGCCAUCUAAAAAUUCAUACACAAGAGAAAGCUUUUUCAUGUUUUGAAUGUGGGAAAUGUUUUACUUGGAAAUCACGACUUAUUAGCCAUCAAAAAAUUCAUGCAGGACAGAAAACAUUUUCAUGUUCUGAAUGUGGGAAAUCUUUCAUUCGGAAAUCACAUCUUUUUGACCAUCUGAAAAUUCAUACAGGAGAAAAAGUAUUUUUAUGUUUUGAAUGUGGGAAAUAUUUUACUCUAAAAUCACAUCUUAUUACUCAUCAGAAAAUUCAUACAGGAGAUAAAAGCUUUUCAUGUUCUGAAUGUGGGAAAUGUUUUACUCUGAAAUCGCAUCUUAUUACGCAUCAGAAAAAUCACACAGGAGACAAGAGGUUUUCAUGUUCUGACUGCGGUAAAAGUUUUAUCUGGAAAUCACAACUUGUAAGACAUCAGAAAAUUCAUACAGGAGAGAAAGGAUUUUCAUGUUUUGAAUGUGGGAAAUGUUUUACUCUGAAAUCACAUCUUAUUACUCAUCAGAAAAAUCACACAGGAGAAAAAAGAUUUUCAUGUUCUGAAUGUGGUAAAUGUUUUAUCUGGAAAUCACAGCUUGUAAAACAUCAGAAAAGAAAGCAUACAUAAAAGAAAGCAUUUUAAUUUUCUGAAUGUGGGAAAUGUUUUAUUCCAAAAUCAAUUCUUAUUACUAAUCAAACAACUAUUACACAAGAGAAAGCAUUUCAUGGUCUGAAUCUGGGGAAUGUUUUAUCAGGAUAUCAGAUCCACAACUCAGCACUACAUACUUCUUACAUCAUUGAAAAAUGAAACAUUGGUGAAACCCAUAUAAUUUACCCUUCUAUAUGUGCCAUGACAAGCUUUUAUAUGCUGUGGACGCUCUUUUUAAGAAGUGAAAACUAUAGCAUGGACGUUUAUAUAUUUAGUGAGUAGAUCAUGCGUGCCUCCUCUCAUUUCUGUCUAAAAUGCAUGGAGAUGCCUGCCUUACCAGAUGUCUUUAUAUUUCCUAAAAAUAUUUCCUGCUUUCCUGCUCUUGGCUCUGCAAAUUGAGAAGCACAGACAAGCGAUAUCAUUUUUAAAAGGAGAAAUAAUGACACCUGGUUAGGCAUACUUCUUUUAAGGGAUAUAAAGCAGUUUGUUUCAUUGUUGUAACAAAAAAAAAGACUAUGUAGUAUGGGUUAUAUUUAAUAGAAAUCAUUGUAAUAUGUAUUAUUCAUCACUUUAAGGGGAUUAUAACAUUCCUUUGGAGUUUUGCUUGGAGACACCUAUCUGCUAGCUGUAAUUAGUUUAUUGCCCAUGUUCAUUCUAGGACUUUUGUUGCAAAAAUUGUGACCAUGUAACCUAUAUUCUAUAAUGAUAGCUCUCGUAUCUAGCUGUGUGCAGUGGCUGCACUGAGAAGUGUUCAUUUAGCAAGAAAAUAAGCAAGUUGUUUGCUGUUUUUAACACAACUUGUUUCUUUUAUGUUUACUUUGAUUGAACAUAAACAUUUUUUUACUAAAGGAGCACUGCUUAAUAUCCGUAAUAUAGUUUAGGAAAUGUGCAGAGCUGAUAGCAAGCAAGCAGGAGGAGGUUACUUGUUAAGGAGAAAUAUACACUUCUACAAUAUAUUGUUAAACAGGUUAUUAAGCAAUACAAUAUAACAUGUACACAAACAAGAUACAGAAUCUUUGUUGGAAAUUACAAAAUUCUCCUCAGAAUUACUAUUUGCCAAAAACAUUGAGCAAACGUUUCCCUCAAAUAUCCAAUAGAUGUUGGAAAUGUGGCCAUGUAAAUAGUAGUCUAGCUCACACGUGGUGGUGGUGUCCUCAGGUUCAGAUCUUUUGGUUGGAGGCCAUAAUAGAGAUAGAAAUGGUAUUAAAUAUACAAUUUGCACUUGACCCUUUGAUCUGGCUAUUAAAUAAAUCUCCAGGCAUUAAAUUAAAAAAAAACAGAUUUAAACUUUUUCAAAUUAUAUGUAAUUGUAUCAAAUUGCUGAUAGCUAAGAAUUGGAAAUGCUCACAAGUACCUUAUCUAUGUGGACUUCCAAGAUGUUGAAACUUGUGGAUCUAGAAGGAUAAAACUAAUUGAAAAAUAAUAAAAUGAAUAUAUAUGCUGUUAUGGCUGUUGCUUGGGACUCUUAUCCUUUAAGCCUUAGGAAAAUUCAUUAUAUUACACAUUAAACAAGAUAGAUAUUUAGUCAGUAUUGCUUGCCCUGCCCCUUUCUUUUUCUUUCUGUAACCAUGAUAAUUAUGAUGACCAUGUUUUUUUGUGGUUAUACUGUUAAAGGGACUGUCAUGUCUAAAAAAAACUUUCAUGUUUCAAAUAGGGCAUGUCAUUUUAAAUACCUCUCCAAUUUACUUUUAUCACUAAUUUUAAUUUGUUCUCUUGGUAUUCUUAGUUGAAAGCUAAACCUAGGAGGUUUAUAUGAUAAUUUCUAAGCCCUUGAACACCGCCUCUUAUCACAUGCUUUUUUAUUUGCUUUUAACAACAGGGGAGAGCUAGGUCAUGUAAACCAUAUAGAUAACAUUGUGAUCACGCCUGUGAAUUGUGGCAGACACUGCACUAAUUGGCUAAAAUGAAAGUCAAUACAUAAUAAAUAAAAUGUCAUGUGAUCAGGGGGCUGUCAUUUACAAUAUCUUUACAUUAUUGUACAAUGUAACUGGUCAUUUUCAACAAAACAAAAAAGGAAAAAAAACUACAAUAUGUUCAAA